UCAAAUGUCGUUUACCAAUAAAAGCGCAUUAGUUACGGGAGGAGCUGGAGUAAUUGGCCGAACUAUUUGUGAGGAGCUUCUUAAGAAUGGCGUAACUAAUCUCGCAGCAAUCGAUAUAAGCCCUGAUGAGCCUGCUGUUGUGGUUCAAUGGAGGAAAAGCUUCCCAAAAGCUUCAAUUCGUUACUUCCAAGUGGAUGUGAGAUCGCAGGAAGAAUUGGAGAAAUGUUAUGCGGAUUUUACGAAGGAUAUCCCAAGUCUCGACGUUGUUGUCAACUGUGCAGGAAUCUUGGAUGAAAAUCAGUUUAGGAAGACGAUAGAAGUAAAUCUCUUAGGCGUCAUUGCAUCAACUAUGCUCGCGAUGGAGUACAUGAGGAAGGACAAAGAUCACGGGAAAGGUGGAAUAAUUCUCAAUAUUUCUUCUACCUCUGGGUUGUGGUCAAUGAGCAUUCUUCCAUUUUACUGCGCUGCAGCGCACGGCAUUGUCGCCUUCACGCGAUCUCUCAGUCACGAUCGGGAAUAUCUUGGAAUUAAAUUCAUCGUCAUGUGUCCAGCUAGCACACAAUCACCGCUCUAUGACAAAUUGAAGGAUGGAACAGGCUUCUUUAUGACAACACAAGAGAAACUUGACGCUAUCACUUUCGACAAUCCUGCCCAAAGUCCCACGGAAUUGGUCAGAGAAAUAAUGAAAAUUAUUCAAGAAGCCAAGAGUGGAAGUGUCUGGGUUGUAGAGCAAGGAAAACCAACAAACGUUGAUUUACCUGCAAUUGAAUUUUAAUUAUUCUUUUUAAAGAAAUGCCUUUUUUUUGUAGUAAA